ACAAUAACGUACUACUGAGGCGAAAGGCCUAAGGUACAAAUGGAAACUCACACUAAAGUCAGGUGUAGAUAGUAUAUCCUGAUCUAAAUUACCGAAGAAAGACACUAAGCAGCAAGAAACUGUAAUCUCCCGUAUGAAGCUCCCAUAAAAGGAAAGAAGACGAACACGAUGAAUAUCCUCAAUGAAUGGAGAGAGUGGGUGUAGCUAGACUCGGAAGCGUCCCGGGGGGCUCUUCUAAAAGGAGACUUCCGUGAUCUCGCAAAAGUCUAUGGCUAAGCGGAGCGCAGCCUGCUUGUAACAGGCUAAGCACAUGAAGGAGGGCGUCAGUGUGUGGCACACCGAACUGGAGAAGACGGACCGUUAAGCGGAUUCGGUAACAGAGGUUGGAAAAUGUCAAUGAACUUGUGGAAACUGGAUAAGUGAAAGUAAGGAGAAAACAGGAGACUUGAAGUGCCGGCAUGGAGUCUCAUCACAUAAGGUGUCGUCAACACAAUGAUCAGUAACGAUCAUCACUCUAGCAUCCUUGAACACCAAGCAGAACCAUUAAGACUGUCUUCUCAUCUGGAUAUUAUACAAUGCAUGCCUGAUUAGCCAGCUCUGCAUAUAUUCUUACCAGUCCAAAGAUGUCCGAAAAGAAAAGCAGUAUGGUAGAUGUUAGGCCCAAAGCACACCGCAGCCGGAGUGCUGACAGCUAUGUGUGGAACAGUAAGAAACGCUUGAAAAAGAUUAAAAGUGGAACGAGCACUGUGACUGAUGCGGACGGAGCUGCAAAAGGAACCUGCUGUUCCAAGAGGAAUCGCAGAGAGAGGAAAUACAGUUCAUCCUCCGUGGGUGAUCUUGAUUCGGACAAUCCGUCUCCUUCUCGCAAAGCCCUAACUGGACGAUCUCUGAGACAAAAGCUGCAGGAUGCCAUGGGUCAAUGCUUUCCCCUCCGGAGCCACCAUCAGACAGCAGGCUCACGGUCCUUCUCUGUGAUGCUGUGGUCCAAGCGCAAGAUUCAUGUUUCCGAGCUGAUGCAGGAGAAGUGUCCUUUCUCGCCUAAGUCGGAGCUUGCUCGCUGUUGGCACCUUAUCAAGAAGCACCCAGUUCAGCACAUGGAAAGGCAGGCUGGAGACAGAGACUCUUUACCGCAUGCCUCAGUUCCACCACUAAUCUCAUGGAGAAAAGUCGACUCACAGAGGGUGCCUUGUGAAUCUGAAGAGUCAGAUGAGGAGUUAUCAGGACCUUCUGCCACUUCUGCUGGCCAGAAAUGUGCAGGGCAUCUUGUGAGUGACUCAGAGUCAACAUGCACGUAUUUCCUUGUCCCUGACCUUCUGCAGAUCAGUAAUAGCACCUGCUACUGGGGAGUUUUAGACCGCUAUGAAGCUGAGGCCCUGCUGGAAGGUAAGCCAGAAGGAACCUUCCUGCUUCGAGACUCAGCCCAGGAGGAUUUCCUGUUUUCUGUGAGCUUCAGACGCUACAGCCGAUCUCUUCAUGCACGGAUUGAGCACAGUGGACAUUUUUUUAGCUUCGAUUGGAGAGACCCCUGUGUGUAUCGGGACCCUAGUGUCACUGGCCUUAUCCAGCAUUACAGUGACCCAGCGACAUGCCUGUUUUUUGAGCCUUUGCUUUCAAUGCCCUUGCCCCGCAACUUCCCAUUCCCGUUGCAGCAUCUCUGUCGGGCGGUAGUCUGCAGUCAAACCACCUACCAAGGGGUGGACGCGCUCCCACUGCCCAAUGCUUUACGAGAGUAUCUCAAGGAGUACCACUAUAAGCACAAAACAGAUUCCUCCAAAUAGUGAAACUCUCACAGUAGAAGAGCAUCUGAAGAACUAUUAAGGCACUACUGGCCUCCAGGUCAAUAUGUAUUUGGGCUGCAAGGUGGUACUGAGAGCUCAGCAUUAUGCAUCAGGGUUUCAAAAUGAGCGUAAUGGUUCAUUCAAACGAGAGACUUAUGCAACAUUAAUGCUCUUUCUAAAGACAAGGAGCUAUAUUUGUCCCCAUACAGUAAAAUCAUGGAUUGGUUUUACUUGUUGGUAAGAACCCACCCACCAAGGCAGACAGAAGUGAUAUCCUGAUUUAUGCUUGGCAACACAAUAGGAAAGUGAAAAAGUAUUGUAAAGUACUAUUUAAAGUACAUGGCCCAAAGAUUUAACACUGAUCUCUCGCUGUUACAUAGAAUUGUGUUUGAUUUUCAUUGCAGCUGCUGUGUGUAGCAUUUGCAUGUUCUCUCAGUGUGUGUUUCAGUUUUCUAUGGCUGUACUGACUCUGCAAGGUGUGAAGAUUUGCCCUGAAUGAGUCCACAUGCCCAGUCACGACCUGGUCUCCUAUCCAGAGUUGGUUCAUUAGAAAAUUGUGACGAAAACAGGCCUAUUCCAUCCUGUUCACCUAAAUUGUACUAAAUCACAUCAAGUCAAGAUUUGAAGGGCUCUAAAGUUUUACUCUCCAACAUACAGCUUGGUAAUUUAUUUCUUGUGUCUAUGGUACUUUACAUGAAGAAAAACUUUCUGACAUUUCUAUGAAAUCUGCCUUUAAAAAGUUUCCAACCAUGUCCCACUGUAUUUGUUGGCAGAAUUUAUUUUAAAGUAACAACUGUGAUCUAGUGUACUAAUUCCUUUCAUUAUUUUAAACACUUCAACAGUGACGUCACUACGGUUGGUGGCACCCAGUGCGGUAAGCAAGGCCAGAUAAAGACCCCCACAGGCCCCUGGGUGACUUGAUGAGUGGAGCUCCUAAACACAGAAUUGAUCACACUUUAAACAAUGCAGUGCACAGACACUCAGCUGUUUAAUGCAGUGAUUCCUACUAUUAAUGGUGCGCAGACACUUGAUCAUUUCAUCAAUCAAGGGAGGGAUCUCUUUUGUGAUUUCAGCCCAAAGCACUGCACAAACACUUUAUAGACAAUCAUCUGGGUGUCACCCAGUGUGGUUCACCCCCCCCCCCCCCCCCCCACUGAUGCUACUGCGCUUCGAUCAAGUCACCUUUUAAUCUCAAUUUGGUCAAACCAUAAAGGUUCAACUCCUUCAAUCACUCCUCAUAGCCCAUACUACUUAAUCUUGGAGUCUCUGGACUUUCUCUAG